GGCUCCUCCACGCUACCUGCUGCCGAAGCCAGUAUUUCACAGUGGGCCCCAGCCCGGGUAGAUCAGUCAGGAGCCUGGACACAGCCCGGGUACAUCAGUCAGGAACCCGGACACAGCGAGCUGCAGUGUGGUGGUGUUACGCACCGGACAGAAGGAGACACAAAGACACUUUGGAAGAAGAAAAGUCUCCUCCAGCUUUUAUUCAGCUUUACGCUCUUCUAUGGAUGUCGUCAUGAGUCAGAAGACCUGAAGAGAGUAUCGAGAGACAACGGCUACUUUUUACUUUUCGAGAGGAUAUCCGACGGUGGGAUGAAGAAUUAAAGUUCAUAUCAACUCUGUGCCAACAUGUCUAAACCGAUGGAUCACGUCAAACGUCCAAUGAACGCGUUCAUGGUCUGGUCCAGAGCCCAGCGGAGGAAGAUGGCGCAGGAGAACCCCAAGAUGCACAACUCGGAGAUCAGCAAGCGGCUGGGCGCCGAGUGGAAACUUCUCACCGAGUCCGAGAAGAGGCCGUUCAUCGACGAGGCCAAGCGGCUGCGGGCGAUGCACAUGAAGGAGCACCCAGACUACAAGUACCGGCCGCGGCGGAAGCCCAAAACGCUGAUGAAAAAGGACAAGUUUUCCUUCCCGGUGCCGUACAACCUCGGAGAGCACGACGCGCUGAAGGUGUCCGGUUUGACAGGCGGCUCGCUGUCCGAGUCCCUGAUGGGGAACCCGGACAAGGCGGCUGCUGCUGCUGCCGCCGCGGCCGCACGGGUCUUCUUCAACCCGUCCAUGGCCAACCCGUACUCUUUCUUUGACCUGGGAUCCAAGAUGUCCGAGCUUUCCCCCCACUCGUUUCCGUACGCAUCUCAUCUUGGCUACCCGGGCGCCGCGACGGCUUUUUCCGGGAGCGGCGGUGGAACCCACGCCCACACGCACACACACCCUUCCCCGGGCAACCCGGGCUACAUGAUCCCCUGUAACUGUACGGGCUGGCCUUCAGCUGGACUCCAGCCCCCCUUGGCGUACAUCCUCCUGCCCGGGAUGGGCAAGCCGCAACUCGACUCGUACCCGGCGUACGCCGCGGCUUUAUGAUAGCGGCGCCCAGACACACUUUGGACUUCAUGGGAAAAGAAAAAAAAAUAACAUGCAAGAGUUUAUUAUGCAUGCACAAACUUGUUCAUGUGAUGAAGUGCUCGUGGUCCCUCCCAGAUAUCACGUGUAUAUGUUGAUUAGUACCUUAAUCCAAGGUCAUGUUUAUUUGGAAGUCCCUCUCUAAGUUAAGGGCUCUGCGGGCCACCUCAGAGCCUAGAGGGUUGAAGGAUAUAUUAGCUGGUAGACGGGGAAGCUGUCCUUAUCAAUGUGAAUACUCCGUCAAAUGCUACUCUAUUACUGUUUUAUUUUGCGUCAGACUGGCGCACCUGCUCCAACAGGUGCGCCUGUUUGGGGAGCGUCAUGAUCACCACUGGAUACACGGACAGCGACGCGGUCAUUAACACCCACUCGGACUUUGAUUUCCUCCUCCGGUCUAUUGUAACUCCCGAUGAGGCCGACCCAGUCCCUCCUCGAACAAUUGUAAAUUUGUACAGGUAAAAAAAAAAAACUCUAGGAAAUUGGACACUAGGCUUAGCGUUUGGGAUAGGGCCUGAUAAUUUCACUAGAAAUCUGGUUUAUAUUUUAAGUUUUAAAAGCCGUUUUAUAGAUGUCUGUAAUAUUUAUUGUUUAGUGGAAUCAUCCCGGAGACUUGAGGCCAUUCGAGAGGACAAAAUAACUCUGUAUCAUUUUGCACAUAAAAUGUAGAGGAUGUAAUUUAUUCAAGUUGAUUCAUUUACUGCCGAUCUCAUUUUUCUGUUAUUCAAAAGUCGGAUUCUCUGCCCUGUUUUUAAGAAUAUCAAAGUUCCCAAGGGGGUCGUGGGAAAGUGGUUUGGUUUUUUUAUUUGUCGGGGGUUUAAAUGACUUCUCGACGUGUCCGCUCUCAUGUGCAGCAGAGCGUGUCCUACUAACUCAUAUGGACUUUGUAUGUUUUGUGUUUCCUUUAACACCGUUAUGUACUCACAACUGUUCGCUCGUUGAGCAGCGGACUCCAAUAAAGCGAAUGCGGGAAAGCGGAAGGCAUGGCCCUGUUUCUUGAUGAGUGCCCAGAUGGCCCCCUGUCCCCUGACCUGAUGGUCCAGGUGAGGCGUAAGGGAUCCUCCAAUGAGCGCUUUUGUCCGGCCCGUGAAUGGCGUGACCGGGGGAAUCUCAAGCAGCCCAUUGUGAGCCCACAAACCAAGCCUUAUUUAUCACCAUUUUAAUCACCAAUAGGAUGUGAGAUAAAAUAGAGUGGCUUCUCUUUUAAUCUUUCUUUUCUCAGGGAGAGAAAAGAGCUGCUUUGAGACUCCUGAACAAAUGUGUCUUUGAGGCUCUGAGCGUCGACCGAGGAUCCUUUUACAUCAUCUGACAAACACCAAACAAAAGAAAACUCGAAACGCUUUCGACAUAAAAUGGAAUACUUUCUAAAUGACCAAAAAUGUAAUUAUAGACACAAGUUACAAGGAAGGUGUGUGUGUGUGUGUGUGUGUGUGUGUGUGUGUGUGUGUGUGUGUGUGUGUGUGUGUGUGUGUGUGUGUGUGUGUGUGUGUGUGUGUGUGUGUGUGUGUGUGUGUGUGUGUGUGUGUACUGUGUAAGCCUGUGCAUGUGUAUUCUUGUGUGUAUGUGUGUUUUGGGGGGGCGUGUUUCUAGUGGACCCCAUUUAUUUUAGCAGCACCCACACCUUACAUAACACAGAAGACCACACUAUUUAGAGAAAGACAGCCCUCCCCAGUUUACAUUAGGAGAUUAAUUCAUAAGGAUCAAAGCGAUUAUGCAAAACUAAUUUGGACAGUCCAGGGAUAAUUAUCUCGGUCACGGUUAAUUAAAGCCUUUCUCGGCGGUGUAUCCUCCAUUGUGUGAGGCCGAUCACUUCGCUCCAUGGAACUUCCCGCUCUGCCCCGACAAUAACGCCAUGGUGACCUCCGAGGAGAGGAGCCUCGGCUUUUACGCACUCCAAAUACUUACAUUUCUCCCGGUACAUGCGUGGAAUGUGUUGAAUAUUAAAUUGUUUGAUUCUUUCUGGCCUUUUGUGUGUGUGUAAUAAAAACAGUCAAUGACAUAA